CUGACCUCAAGCUGCACCCACGGGAAAAUGCUGGCCCUACUCUUCCUGUUGGCCCUUCUCUUGCCUCCUGAAGCCGGAGCUGAGAAAUUACUGUCACCCUUGGAGCUCAUGAUGUGAGCAAGGCAGAAUCCACACAGCAGAAGAUAAAAGUCAAAAAACAAAUCGCUCACCCAAACUACAGCUUCUACUCCAACCUGCAUGACAUCAUGCUUCUAAAGCUUCAAAGGAAAGCUAAGAAGACCCCUGCUGUGGACACAAUCCCCCUGCCUAGUCCGUCUGACUUUCUUAAACCUGGGAAAAUGUGCCGGGCAGCUGGCUGGGGAAGGACUGGAGUGACAGAGCCGACGUCAGAAAGGCUGAGGGAGGUCAAACUGAGAAUCAUGGACAAAGGGGCCUGUAAAUACUAUCACCACUACAGUUAUGACUUCCAGGUCUGCGUGGGCAGCCCCACGAAGGUCAGAUCAGCAUACAAGGGAGACUCCGGGGGACCUCUUCUGUGUGCUGGGGUGGCCCAUGGUAUUGUAUCUUAUGGACGUGGAGAUGCAAAGCCCCCUGCAGUCUUCACCCGAAUCUCCCCAUACGUGCCCUGGAUUAAUAUAGUCAUAAAGGCAAGCAGUUGAAGAGCCAGCCUGAGUUAGGGCCUCCAAGCCAGAGCUCUUCUGGUACCCCUGGGGGUUAAAAGACGGGUCCCCAGCCUGCCCCAGCCUGUCCCAGCCUGCCCCUGAGAGGAUCUCAAAGACACACCAUUCUCUGGUGCUCUAUUGUUCCCUGUAAUGCACCUCAAUAAAGAUGUGACCACCAGC